AUGUCAACGACGAACAAUUCGUCACCGGAACACUCUACAGCUACUCGAGGCUGUUUUCCAGCAGUACCCGGGGCCGAGUGUCUGGCACCUUAUGGGAAUAACCGCCUGCAGCCGCUCGAACAGGGCCCCGACGAGAACUUGUACCGGAUGGGUCAGUUUUCCUUCGAAUCAGAGAACUCCUUCCUCGAUUACUCACAGCUACCAAACUACCCGACCGCCAACAACCAUUACUCAAUGUUGCACACACAACCGAUCUACCCAUACUACACGUACACCGGCAAUCGAAUUCAGCGACACCCGUUUGCCAACUAUGAGAACCGGCGUGAUUCCGUGAUAACGUCAACUAUAGGUUCCAAUGUGUCGGACGAACUUCUGUCCAGCACACCGACGGGUUUCGAUACCACCGGCUCUGGGUACAAUGAUUGCGGGAAUGUGGCCUUAAACCAACACCCGAUAAUGGCACCGUUGAACGAGAACACCAACUCGAUCACACAGUAUCUGCAGCCACAACGGCCACUACAGUAUCAAACGGAGCUGCAGCGCGAGGAGAAUUCGCUUAACUCGCCCGAAAGCAUGAUCUUGAACACGCAGGGGACGCUCGGUUACGUGGAUCAACUACUGACGGAUGAAGCAAUAGCGGUCUAUACACCACCCAUUCAAGAGAAUGCCUUAACCCUUCGCCAGAUAGCCGAACGGAUUUUAAUCCAGGGACCAACUAAACGCCAUUUUCCGGCUGCUUCUCUUGCAGGCGACGCAAGGGCUUCAGAUAAUGAUUCAGAAGACCAAAACAACAACUUAUUUCAAACCUCAUCGCCGGAUGAGAACAAUCCAUGCAAUCCGGAAGGAGUCUCAGAGAAAGCUCUGCAAAAGCUUUCUACGAAAAAUCAUGCUACUGCUGUAAAUCGCAAGACUCGUACUGCUUUUUCACAAGCCCAGAUCCGCGCCAUGGAAAAUGAAUUCCAACAUUCGUCCUAUCUAACGCGCCUGCGCCGGUAUGAGCUCGCGGUUGCGCUUUCGCUGACAGAGCGCCAGGUGAAGGUGUGGUUUCAGAACCGUCGAAUGAAGAUCAAACGGACGAGCAAGGUGUAA